AUGUUGCCUGAGAAGAACGCGAUUGCCGCUGUUCUUCCUCCUUUAGUGUACGGCAAUGCUUAUGAUAGGCCAUAUUGCACGCGAUCUUCGGGCACAAAAGGAAAGUCCCUAGCAGAAUGGCCUUCGAACCGUAAAACGCUUGAGGUAUCUCCGUUGACGUCGGCAGUGUCAUCUAAUUUCAACCUCAACCCCCUUACGAAUAUCAAUCGGACACUAACCAGAAAUCAACGACAAAGACCAUCGACAAUGGACGAAUCCAAAAAUGAGACCGGCAGACUGGGAGGUGUAUACACCUACUUCCAAUCCCUCCCCAAUCUCAUCCCCCGACGCGCGAAAAACUUCAUCUGCGGCUGCUUAGACGACAUCGUUCUCCACAGCAUCACCUCCAUCUUCAUCAAACCCUUUAUAAGCUACGUCUUCUUCACCACGGUAGUCUUGGUCUUGAUUGCGGAGAUCGCGCCCCAUCCCUUGAUCUUUGCCCUCUUCUCAAUCUCCGCAUACGCGAAGCAACAUAUCGUGGAUAUGGUGAUCACCGGGUUGGUAAAGUCGGUGACUGCGAUUUGGGUUGAUGCCGUGGUGCUGUGGUUUAUCGUGUCGGUACACUUCUUUCGCGAGAGGAGACGACGGAUUCCGAGGAGGGAGUGGAUUGCUGCGUGGGAGGUCAUCUCUUUGGGGAUUAAUGCGGUUGUAUACCUUGCCCCGUGGGCGCCUAAACAGGACUUCUCUGCCGCGUAUGACUCGGCCUCGGCAACCCCUUCCAACGAGAAUGGGGAGUUUCAAAUGACGUGGGGACACUACGCUUCCCUACUGCUCGUUCUCCGCGAAGUAAACGGCGCGUUUGUGGAGCACAUUUGGCAAACGAAGCUCGAUGCCCGGACAGCACCCAAGGACGGGAAGUACGAGUGCCUCAGGAGACUGUGGUAUGGUUUCCGCUUCUGGGGUUGGAGUGUGUUGAGUCGGGCCAUGAUGUAUCUGUGUGUUAUGGCUGCUUGGGAUGCGGUGGUGGAGUUGGUGGUUUGGGAGUAUGUACCUGUGGCGUGGGGAGGGUUGGCGUUCUUUGGGAUGAUCGUUGGGAUGUUGACGAUUGCUGUGCUGUGGGUUUUGGAGCGGUGGAAGGCGAUGCGGGGGGGUAGGGUGGAUUUGGAGGGGUAUGGAAGCGAUGAGAGCGAUCAUGAGGAGGGCGAUGAUGAAGAGAAUAAUGAGGAUGAGGAAGAAGAUGAUGAGAGCGACGAUGACGAGAGCGACGAUGACGAUGACGACAGCGACGAGGACGAUAGCGAUGGGGACGAGCGCGAAGGGGAUGUUGACGACGAGGAUCAUGAGGCGUAUGAGGACAGCCGGGAGGAUCAUUCUCUAGCCGUUAAACAUUAUCUAAGAAUUCUAAGAUGGAAGUACACUCGUCUCAUCGCCGCGUGGAGCAUCACAAGAAACCCAAGGAGUGUGAUUCAAACACACAGUGUCUUUGACUCGAUCCCCCGCGCCACCGCCUCCGUCCUCGGAACGGGCCCCAACAUCAGCACCCGCACCACCACAACCAGGCACCUAAACUCAACGACGCCAUCCAGGCACCCACGUUCUACAAAGUCGCCAUCAUCGAAGCAUCAAUCCCAUUUCCUAUCUCCUCGCUCCCUCAAAUCAACCAAACUCCAAAAGCCGCAACAGAACUCAUCCACCAAAAUGCCUCCCGCAGCGCCAACACCACCUCUAAACUACACAACAUCCCCCUCCCUCCUCCCCUACACCCUCCGCUUCCACCCCUACAACAAACCACCUCCUACCUCCCCAUCGUCGUCAACGUACCCCCAGGAGGUCUUUCACACCCACCGCCUCUGCGUAGGCGCCGCAGUCCUCUCCCCCUCCUCCCAAACCACCCCCAAAAUCCUCCUCCUCCAACGCUCCGCAAGAGAAUCCGCCCUCCCCCACAAAUGGGAACUCCCCGGCGGGGCAGCGGAAUCAUCCGACUCCAACUCCCUCGCCUCCGCCGCCCGCGAACUCUGGGAAGAAACUGCCCUCCGCGCCGUAAAAUUCGCGGCGCUGGUGGGAUGUUAUCAAUGGGAGGGUGCCGGGGCCGGUGAAGAAGCGCAGGCCGUGGCUGGGGACCAGGCGUGGGGGUUAUCGAGGGGUGGGGUCGGGAUCAUCGAGGUUGGACGACGGUCUGAUGAUGCUGGGAUUUCGGAGGGUGUGGGAGAUGGGGUGACGAAGGAUUCGCACAAGUUCUUCAAGGGACGAGACGCGUGGAGAAAGUAUACUUACCUCGUGGAAGUUGAGACCACUGGGACAGGGGAGGUGAAGGUUGAGAUCGAUCCCGAGGAGCACGACGAUUUCGUCUGGGCCACGGAGGAGGAGGUGCGUGCUGAUCGGUGUGGGGAGAGGGUUUUUGAGUGGACUUCGGAGCAUCAGAAGCUGGACAUCUUGAGGGCUUUUGAAAUUGCGAGGGGAAAGAAAUAG